UGUAUAAAUGCAUGCCUGUCGCCACGGUUUGUGGAAACAUCCUCUCCCCAGCAGAUGCUCGCAGACCGAGCCGGAGCAUGAGCACCUCAGCAAGAGAUGAAUGAGGAAACGAGAGCACGCUGCCGUAGAGAAACGUGCGAGAGAACAGAGAAAUAAAGAUAUAGUGUGCGAGAGGAACACAGAAGCCCAGAGUGUCUGAGCCUUCUGUUUUGAUGGGCUGCAGAGUUUGGAGAGUCUCCCCUGUGAGGAGAGAAUCUGAAAAAGCCCUCCCACCCUCUCCAUCCGCGUCUGGACAGCCCUGACUCUCACGCCUUACUGAGUCCAUCCUAUGUGUUCUGUGAUUAGUGAAGUUGUUUACAUCCGCACACUUUACUUGACUUUUUUUCUCUCGCUUGACCAGACAGUGUGCUUUUUGCACAUGGAAGCCACUGGUCUCCGAUGGCUUGUUACUACAUUGUCAUCAGCUCCACACACCUCAGCAAUGGACACUUCAGGAACAUCAAGGGAGUUUUCCGGGGUCCCCUCAAUAAGAAUGGCAGCAAGAACUUGGAUUACUCACAGAAGGAGAGGACUAUGGCCGAGGCACUUGAGGACCUGAAGGCUCAUUUCUACUGUGAGCUGUGUGACAAGCAGUACUACAAGCAUCAGGAGUUUGACAACCACAUCAACUCUUACGACCAUGCUCACAAACAGAGACUGAAAGAGCUGAAGCAGCGGGAGUUUGCCCGGAACGUGUCCUCCAAAUCCAAGAAGGAUGACAGAAAGCAAGAGAGAGCACUACGACGUUUACAUGAGCUGGCCGAACAGCGUCGGGAGGUCCAAAGCGCACCUGGUAGUGGACCCAUGUUCCGAUCUACCACUGUGGCCGUGGAGGGAGGCUACAGGGGAGCCGGUGGUGACAGAGCCAGCAGCCGGGCACAGAACAGCACCCAGGAACACACAAUGUGCCCAAAAAUCACCCUAGACACACUUACAGAUAACCCCAGCACCAUUCAGGCCCAGCAAACUCCCAGCAGUGUGGCCGGAAAGUGUGGCCAAAAAAUAUCUUUCUCCUUCCCUAAAAAGGCCUCUGUGAAGCUGGAGUCUUCGGCGGCGGUGUUCUGCCAGGCUGGGGAGGACGGGUCAAGCAGGCAUGCAUGUAGACAGAGACUCGGUGUGCAGAUCAACUCCCCACGGCCUCCCGCUGGCCUCAACUCCCCCAGCCCCCCUGCCAGCGAGAAGGCUCUGCAUAACAAGGGGAGGAUUCACAUUGCAGGCUCACAGGGUCAGGGGUUAACCAAUGCACCAUCGGGGUCAGACAGCUCGAUGCCCCCGGCUGAUUUAUGCACUAUCCUCGUUUACUCUGAGGAUGUGGCUUUUCCCUGCACAGUCCAAUCCUCCAUGUUUCUCUCCCAUUCAAACACAUUAGAUGACUGUGAACUGGACAUGGUGCAGGGAAGUCUAAAAAGCAACUUGGCUGAACAAAGACAGGAAACUGAGGUGGAACAAGGACAGGGGACAGAGCCUGACAAAAUCAUGUUAGCAGAUAAUGUCUCCCAUAAGGGAGAACACCCAUUGUCGAACUGCGCUAAUCAUUCGAAUGAAGCAAUUUAUACUCAACCUCAAGACGAAGACCUAAAUGUGUCAGAGGAUGAGAAAUGGACAGUUGCAAGGCCAUGUAAACCUUUCUGCUCUAUCCUCAGUAGAAAUAGGAAAACGGUGCUCCAGUGGCCCUCUGAGAUGUUGACAUUCACCAGGACAAGCCCAUCUAUUUCCUUCAGCUGCAACCCCCUUCACUUUGACUUCAGAGCCUCCACUAAAAACGCUGGCUGCAGAGUGGUGGAAAGAGAUGUCGAGAAAUCAGCUGAAUUAGCUAAGAAGUUCUGCAGCGAUGAAGCUACACUGGAAACACGUGAGUUGUUUAAAAGCUUGCCAAGCCCAGAGCGCAGCCUUGUUCAGGAGGAUUGCGAGAGGCCUAAAAGUCAUGGAUGCGAGGAGCAAAGCAACACACUCAUCAGAAAGGAUGAGCAGUGUUGCAAUUAUUCAGCACAGUUGGCAACCACAAGCUUGACACACACAGCUAUGGCUGUGGACACACGCAGGUGUUGUAGCACAAGCCAGAGGAGGAGAAGGCGGCGGGGGCACAGACGGAUGACUCACCGGGGGGGAGACAGAUAUGAAGGGGCAACAGAAAGAUUUGGUAAUUGCCUGACACUUCCCAAUCAUUGUGAAAGGCUUGAUGACCAAAUAAGUGAUAGCAGUGCAAAACUAUUUCAGCCAGACGAGCCCAAGCAAUCACCCUCAAUUGAGGGCAACGAGGGGAGAAUUGAAACUUACAGAGACACAGCAGGUGUUGUGAGGCAGGCAUUGGCAGAGUGUAUGAAUGGCCCAGCAGCUAGUCUGGCCCACUCUGAUGAGGCUCUCCAGGGUCCAGGACAGAUCAACGAGGGCAAUAUGCGCCUUCAGCUGUCCCAACACAUAAAUGCCAUAGAACACACCUCUCUCAACUGUGGAUCUCUCCAGACCAACCCGGUCAUCACAAGCGCAGACCAGAUGAAUAAAAGAGAUCCCACACCUUUAAAACACCAGCCACUCCCUGAAUCAUUGUUACAGGAAGGUGGAAGAUGUCGAAAAAGGACUAUGGAUGACCAAACUGUUGGUAGUACUUGUGUGAACUCUUUGCAUAAACCAAACAAGAGACGAAGAAGGAGGAGAAGGGCAUGUGGAGCUCAUCAGAGUUCAGUGGCUGACAUGAGCAGUGGAGAGAGAUAUGAGCAGAGUCGAGGAGCAAAUGGCCUUAGCCCAUACACUGGCUCCGACUCCCCUGGACCUGAGGAUAGAUUGAAACCUGAUGCACUUGAGAAGAGUAUUGACAGUGUAAAUGGCAGAUCCAGCUGCAAAGGCCAGAUCAAUGGGUCAGAUCUCAAGAGGUAUAUUUUUGAUUCCGGAGCUAAGGGCUCAGAUGUUAUUGUUGCACAUAAGUCUGUGAUGAGCCCAGAUCAGCCAAACUUUCACAGUAAGAGUGAUGGCUCCUGUAAAGUAUUUCUACCAAUAGGCAAUGGGAAAAUGUCAGAGACCUUUAAUGCUAGCUACACAGAAUUAGAGGAGGAAUCAUUUAGGGACUGUUACAGGUCCACACUGGACAGACUGGAGUGGCAUUGCCUCCAACAUCUCCAAGCCCACAGGAAGGCUAUGGACUAUCAAGCGUUCCCUGACAAACUGAAACCAGUUCUAGCCAGCCCGCACAUCCCUGUGUCCUCCCCCGUAGUACUACACCCUGUACAACUCCCUCUACCCUUAUCCACCUCCAUCACCAUCCACCAGACUUUCCUGCAGCACCACACAGACUUCCUCCAGCCACAGCCCCCACUCAUGUCACCUAUCCUCCCCUUCACUCACCUGCCGCUGGGGGCAGAGGUUUGCCCACACGGUCACCCUCCCUUUAUUUACCCAGCCCCAAUUUCGGUCAUGGCACGACCGAGCCUGCACCCCAUGACUAUGUCCUUUCACACCCUGCCUCACACUAUGUUUCCUCAUAUGUUCCCACCUCACCACACUGUCAUCCCCCUACAUCCUCUGUUUUAAGACUCCAUUGACCUCCAUAGAAUUAAAAUACUAGUGUAGCCCUCUUUGCUUUGUAAAGUCUGGUUUUGACUACAUAGUAUAUACACUAUAUAUGCAAAAGUAUGUGGACACCCCUUCAAUUUGUGGAUUUGGCUAUGUCAGCCACACCAGUUGCUGACAGGUGUAUAAAAAUAAGCACAUGGUCAUGCAAUCUCCAUAGACAAACAUUGGCAGUAGAAUGGCCUUACUGAAGAGCUCAGUGACUUUCAACUUUCACCUUUACAACAAGUCAGUUUGUCAAAUGUAUGCACUGCUAGAGCUGCCCCGGUCAAUUGUAAUUGUAAAGUGGAAACAUCUACAAGCAACAACGGCUCAGCCGAGAAGUGGCCACACAAGCUCACAGAGAGGGACCGCCAAGUGCUGAAGUACGUAAAAAUCAUCUGUCUUCGGUUGAAACACUUAAUACCGAGUUCCAAACUGCCUCAGGAUGCAAUAGCACAAUAACUGUUUGACGGGAGCUUCAUGAAAUGGGUUUCCAUGGCCGAGCAGCAGCACACAAGCCUAAGAUCACCAUGCGCAAUGCCAGGCGUCGGCUGGAGUGGUGUAAAACUCGCCACCAUUGGACUCUGGAGCAGUGGAAACGCGUUCUCUGGAGUAAUGAAUCACGCUUCACGAUCUGGCAGUCCGAUGGACGAAUCUGGGUUUGACGGAUGCCAAAAGAACGCUACCUGCCCGAAUGCGUAGUGCCAACUUUAAAGUUUGGUGGAAGAUAAUAAUGGUCUGGGGCUGUUUUUCAUGGUUCGGGCUAGUUCCAGUGAAGGGAAAUCUUAACGCUACAGCAUACAAUGACAUUCUAAAUGAUUCUGUGCUUCCAACUUUGUGGUAACAGUUUGGGGAAGGUCCUUUCCUGUUUCAGUUCCCCAUGACAAUGCCCCGGUGCACAAAGCGAGGUCCAUACAGAAAUGGUUUGUUGAGAUCAGUGUGGAAGAACUUGACUGGCCUGCACAGAGCCCUGACCUCAACUCUAUCGAACACCUUUGGGAUGAAUUGGAAUGCCGACUGCGAGCCUAAUCACCCAACAUCACUGCCUGACCUCACUAAUGCUCAUGGCUGAGUGGAAGCAAAUCCCAGCAGCAAUGUACCAACAUCUAGUGGUAAGCCUUCCCAGAUGAGUGGAGGCUGUUAUAGCAACAAAGGGGAGACCAACUCAAUAUUAAUGCCCAUGAUUUUGGAAUGAGAUGUCCGACGAGCUUAUUGGUCAUGUAGUGUACUUGCACUGGAAGUGCUUUGUCCGAGCGUUAGAACUUUUAUCUAUUAUUUUAGGGCAGCUCUCAUUGUAUUUAUUUAUCUAUUGUAUAUCAGCCAGCAUAGCAUUCUGUGUGAAAAUGUGUGAAGACAGCUUGUCUGUCGAAACAUUGGUUAUUAAAUUAUUGCAUAUGAGCUCCUAGAGGAUCUCCUUUUCUUUUCAAGUGUUCUACUCCGCUAGCCAGCAACUUGCCUAAACAGGUGAGUGUUUCUUUCGCCUACGGAAAAUGUGUGGUGACAUUUCUUUCCAGAAUGGGUUAUCGAACACUCAAGUAUUUGAUAGAGGUUUCCAAAACUUCUCCACUGUGAGGGUGUUUUCUUGUUUUACUGUUUUGCAUUGUUCUAGAGAAACUUGAAUAAUAUUUUAAAUACAGACCAUUCCCUUUUAAGGUUUUAUCAGCAUAAGCAUCAGCUUUAUCAGUCAUUGAAGUUUGAGUUUUUAUUAAUUCACAAUGGAUUCUAUUGGUGUUUACCAUUAUGUAAAGGGAAUAUGUUUUAGAAUGAAUAUAUUGAGCUUAAAUGUUAUCUUUUUAAUGAUUCCUUUAAAAUAUUUUUUUAUAUAAUUCCAAUUGUGUGGAGGAAAGAUAUUCCAAUGUGUCAUCCAUUAUGUAGGUACAGUUGAAGUCGGAAGUUUACAUACACCUUAGCCAAAUACAUUUAAACUCAGUUUUUCACAAUUCCUGACAUUUAAUCAUAAUAAAAAUUCCCUGUCUUAGGUUAGUCUGGGUUACCACUUUAUUUUAAGAAUGGCAAAUGUCAGAAUAAUAGUAGAGAGAAUUAAUUAUUAAAGUUUUUUUUUCAUCACAUUCACAGUGGGUCAGAAGUGUACAUACACUCAAUUAGUAUUUGGUAGCAUUGCCUUUAAAUUGUUUAACUUGGGUCAAACAUUUUGGGAAGCCUUCCACAAGCUUCCCACAAUAAGUUGGGUGAAUUUUGGCCCAUUCCUACUGACAGAGCUGUUGUAACUGAGUUAGAUUUGUAGGUCUCCUUGCUUGCACAUGCUUUUUCAGUUCUGCCCACAAAUGUUCUAUGGGAUUGAGGUCAGGGCUUUGUGAUGUUCACUCCAAUACCUUGACUUUGUUGUCCUUAAGCCAUUUUGCCACAACUUUGGAAGUAUGUUUGGGUUCAUUGUCCAUUUGGAAGACCCAUUUGCGACCAAGCUUUAACAUCCUGACUGAUGUCUUGAGAUGUUGCUUCAAUAUAUCCACAUAAUUUUCCAUCCUCAUGAUGCCAUCUAUUUUGUGAAGUCCACUGGUCCCUCCUGCAGCAAAGCACCGCCACAACAUGAUGCUGCCACCCCCAUGCUUCACGGUUGGGAUGGUGUUCUUCAACUUGCAAGCCUCCCCCUUUUUCCUCCAAACAUAAUGAUGGUCAUCAUGGCCAAACAGUUUAAUUUUUGUUUCAUCAGACCAGAGGACAGUUCUCCAAAAAGUACGAUCUUUGUCCCCAUUUGCAGUUGCAAUCCGUAACCUUGCUUUUUAAUGGCGGUUUUGGAGCAGUGGCUUCUUCCUUGCUGAGCAGCCUUUCAGGUUAUGUCGAUAAAAGACUCGUUUUACUGUGGAUAUAGAUAAUUUUGUACCCGUUUCCUCCAGCAUCUUCACAAGGUCCAUUGCUGUUGUUCUGGGAUUGAUUUGCACUUUUCACAACAAAGUACGUUCAUCUCUAGGAGACAGAACAUGUCUCCUUCCUGAGCGGUAUGACGGCUGAGUGGUCCCAUGGUGUUUAUACUUGCACACUAUUGUUAGUACAGAUGAACAUGGUAUCUUCAGGCGUUUGGAAGGAUGAACCAGACUUGUGGAGGUCCACAAUUUUUUUCUGAGGUCUUGGCUGAUUUCUUUUGAUUUUCCCCUGAUGUCAAGCAAAGAGGCACUGAGUUUGAAGGUAGGCCUUGAAAUACAUCCACAGGUACACCUCCAAUUGACUAAAAUUAUGUCAAUUUGCCUAUCAGAAGCUUCAAAAGCCAUGACAUACUUUUCUGGAAUUUUCCAAGCUGUUUAAAGGCACAGUCAACUUAGUGUAUGUAAACUUCUGACCCACUGGAAUUGUGAUACAGUGAAUGAUAAGUGAAAUAAUCUGUCUGUAAACAAUUGUUGGAAAAAUUACUUGUGUCAUGCACAAAGUAGAUGUCCUAACUGACUUGCCAAAACAAUGUUUUUUUAACAAGAAAUUUGUGUAGUGGUUGAAAAACGAGUUUUAAUGACUCCAACCUAAGUGUAUGUAAACUUCCUACUUCAACUGUAUGCGGAUGACUCAAAACUAUACACGUCAGCUACUACAGCGACUGAAUGGACUCCAACACUCAACAAAGCGCUGCAGUUAGUUUCAGAGUGGUUGGCAAGGAAUAAGUUAGCCAUAAAUACUUCUAAAACUAAAAGUAUUUGGAGCAAAAUACUCAAUAAACCCUAAACCUCAACUAAAUCUUGUAAUAAAUCUUGUGGAAAUUGAGAUGACUAAACUGCUUGGAGUAACCCUAGUUUGUAAACUGUCAUGGUCAAAACAUAUUGGUACAGUAUUAGCUAAGAUGAGGAGAAGUCUAUCUAUAAUAACGCGAUGCUCUGCCUUCUUAAUAACAUUGUCAACAAGGCAGGUCCAACAGGCCCAAGUUUUGUCGCACCUUGACUAUUUUUCAGUCGUGUGGUCAGAUGCCACAAAAAAGCACUUAGGAAAAUUGCAAUUGGCUCAGAACAGGGCAGCACGGCUGGCCCUUGGAUGUACACAGAGAGUUAAUAUUAAUAAUAUGCAUGUCAAUCUCUCCUGGCUCAAAGUGGAGGAGAGAUUGACUUCAUCACUACUUGUAUUUAUGAGAGGUAUUGACAUGUUGGAUGCACUGAGCUGUCUGUCUAAACUACUGGCACACAGCUCGGACACCCAUGCUUACCCCACAAGACAUGCCACAAGAAGUCUCUUCACAGUCCAAGUCUAGAACAGACAAUGGGAGGCACACAGCACUACAUAGAGCCAUGACUACAUGGAACUCCAUUCGACAUCAAGUAACUGACGCAAGCAGUAAAAUUUGAUUAAAAAAUAUAAAAAAUAAACACCUUAAACACCUUCACAGCGGGGACUGUGAAGCAACACAAACAUUGGCACAGACACAGACACACACACACACGAUAACAUACGCACUAUACAUACACAUGGAUUUAGUACGGUAGAUAUUUGGUAUUGGUGGAGUAGGGGCCUGAGGGUACACAGUGUGAAAUCUGUGAAUGUAUUGUAAUGUUUUUAAAAUUGUAUAACUGCCUUCAUUUUGCUGGCCCCCUGAAGAGUAAAUGCUGCUUUAGAAGGAGCAAAGAUGAGCAAAGAUGAUUUUGAUGGACUGCCUCAUUCCUGUAGAGUAUCUUUAGAAUUCAAGGCACACUUAACCAGCAUGGCUACCACAGCAUUCUGCAGCGAUACGUCAUCCCAUCUGGUUUGCGCUUAGUUUGACUGUCAAUUUCUUUUCAACAGGACAAUGACCAAAACACACCUCCAGGCUGGUAAGGGCUAUUUGAUCAAAAAGAAGAGUGGUGGUGCUGCAUCAGGUGACCUGGCCUCCACAAUCACCCGACCUCAACCCAAUUGAGAUGGUUGUGGAUGAGUUGGACAGCAGAGUGAAGGAAAAGCAGCCAACAAGUGCUCUGCAUAUGUGGGAACUCCUUCAAGACUGUUUGGAAAGCAUUCCAGGUGAAGCUGGUUGAGAGAAUGGCAAGAGUGUGCAAAGCUGUCAUCAUGGCAAAGGGUGGCUACUUUGAAGAAUAUAAAAUAUAUUUUGAUUUGUUAAACACUUGUUUGGUUACUACAUGAUUCCAUAUGUUAUUUCAUGAUUCCAUAUGUUUUUUCAUAGUUUUGAUGUCUUCACUAUUAUUCUGCAAUGUAGAACAUUUUCAAAAUAAAGAAAAAACCCUUGAAUGGGUAGGUGUGUCCAAACUUUUGACUGGUAUUGUGCAUAUUUCAUAAACAGACAGAUGGGGAGGUGCAAACGUCUGUUUGGAGAUAAACUGUACAUGGAAGGAUUCAGGACCUUCUUCAUACUCUGAUGAUUUGUAAAGAAUCUAUAAUAGUGUUUUGGUAAAUCACUAAUUUAAUUUUGUACAUUAAUGGAAAUGAGGUUGCAUUGUUUUUAAACAUGUAUUAUAUUUGUCUUAUGUGACAUUUACUGGAAUCGAAUGCUUUUACUGGUUCAGUCUGCAGCUACGCCCUAAGUCUGACUCAGAGAGCAAUAAAGUCACAAUGACAGAGGUCCUGGGGGCUGUAGUAUGUCUAAUUCUUUAUAAAAAGAGCAUUCUAACAUAAAUUGUUUAACGCCACAAUCCUUCAUUUGUUUUUCAGUCAACACCUGCCUAUCAAAAUAAAAUUGAAUCUUUUGUCAAUGCACCGAAUACAGCAAGUGUAGACUUUACUGUGUAAGUUUUACUUACAAUCCUUUUCCCAAAAGCGGGAGUUAUAAAGUAACAAAAUUAACAAAUAGAUAAAAAUAAAAUAG